CGUUUUUUUCAGAGUUCCCAGUUGUCUUGAACGCAUUGAAGUCGGAAGUCUGAGAUUUCCGAGUUCCGAGAUGCAGUUGUUUUGAACUCGGCAUAUCUGCUUCGAAGGAGUCAUUGGAAAGGUCGUGCCAGACAGAAAUGUAGCUUGUACCGCAUGACAAAAACGUGGGUCACUAAAACGUCUUAAAAUAUGAUGUGGUUACUUCAGAAUAGCAAGGUAAACAUGAGUCCUGCUACUUCAAAUAAAGAGACAGCUGCAACAGGACCUGGAAGUGGCAGACCUUUCUCCAUAACUGGACAUAUCCAGCAAGUCUACAGCCAUGUCAAAAUAGAGAAUUUGGUUGCAGGACUCGGUGGAGGAGUCGUGUCAACACUGGUGCUGCACCCUCUUGACCUAGUCAAAAUCAGGUUUGCAGUGAGUGAUGGACUGGACCUGAGACCUAAAUAUAAUGGCAUUAUCCAUUGUUUGAGAAAUGUGUGGCAGCAGGAGGGGGUCCGAGGACUCUACCAAGGAGUCACCCCCAACAUCUGGGGUGCUGGGGCAUCAUGGGGCCUCUACUUCUUCUUUUACAAUGCCAUUAAGGCGUACACUAAGGAAAGCCGUCAGUCUGAACUGAGUGCCACAGAACACCUGCUGUCAGCCGCCCAAGCAGGUGUAUUGACUCUCACCCUAACCAACCCUAUCUGGGUGACUAAGACUCGCCUGGUGCUGCAGUAUAACACUGAUCCCACCAGGAAACAGUAUAAAGGGAUGAUAGAUGCACUGGUGAAGAUCUACCGGCACGAGGGGAUACCUGGACUGUACAGGGGGUAUGUUCCUGGUUUAUUUGGCACGUCACACGGGGCAUUGCAGUUCAUGGCCUAUGAGGAGCUGAAGAGAGACUACAACAAAUACAAGAAAAUGCCUUCAGAAGCUAAACUGAAUCCAUUGGAAUAUAUCACAAUGGCAGCUCUAUCCAAAAUAUUUGCUGUGGCUACUACAUACCCUUACCAGGUGGUGCGGGCUCGCCUGCAGGACCAGCAUAAUAAGUACAAUGGAGUCCUGGAUGUGGUCAGGAGGACAUGGAGGAAUGAGGGAGCUGUAGGGUUCUAUAAAGGCAUGGUGCCCAACCUGAUCCGUGUCACCCCAGCCUGCUGUAUCACCUUCGUGGUCUAUGAGAACGUGUCUCGCUUCCUGAUGGGCCAGAAGUGAGGAGGACUAAGGAGACAGCCAUGGCAGGACCACAAAGAGGAAGGGACACUCAGACAAUGUAUGUGGUGCUAGAUAAGGUAAGCCAUGAACUGAAGUCUCCAGAACUGUCACAGCAGGUAACUGGACAACUGGAGCGGACAUAUCACCUGGAUGCACCUCUGGCAGCAGAGUCAAAACAACCAUAAAGCAACUCCAAAAGCAUGUGGUGGAAUUAGAUAUUAUUAUCACUAUGAAAAACCAGGACUUUCAUCUAUAGUAUGCAUUCGAGGUUUGGCAUUCUCAGAGAGAUGAUGUUGACAAUGCUGGUAAUUAAAGACUGGUCUCUCUGUCUCUUCCUUGGAUGCAUCACAGAAGAACAGACCUCACUGGAGGUACUGUACAGGAUGUGGGGGUGAAACAUCAAAGCAAAAAGAAACCAUUCUUUCAAGGCUGCUGGCUGCUGACUGUGAUGUGAAUACCGUAUGUGUGUGUGUGUAAUAUAAGUCUGAUUUAAACGUCGACAUUAAAAGAGCAUACCUGCUAUUUUCAGGGUAUAAUGUACACCCAAUUUGUUUUUAUUUAACUUAUUGGCAUCAUGCUGUAGUGCAUGUAAACCCUCAUGUGAAUGAUGUCAUUGGAAAUGAUCGCAGAAGACUGAUUGCACUGUUCAACAUCUUUGAAAUAAUGUUAAUUUCAGAAGUCUUAAUCUGAAAUAUCAGUGUUGAAUUGGCAUUAGUCCAUUUAUUUUCAGGUAAAAUGUUCUAUUAAAGUUUCAAGUUUUAUGUU